ACGUAGCUGCUGAUACGGCUCCAAGUGUACUCUCCCCUUCCGCAUUUCUGACACUCGCAUCGCCAAAGAGCCUCAUCUCAAAAACUUUAACGCCAAGCAUGUCGACAACGAGAUUGCAACCGACUACUGCCUUUGCAGCAUCGGCAGCUUGUGCUCUCUCCUCCACAGUCAAGAACCACCUUGGUUUCACUCUUCGUCUUCCUCGGAAUAACUCCGGUUUUAGAAGGCACUCAGUCACAAGAAGAAACCUCUCUGUCUUUGCAAUGUCUGCUGCAUCCGACCCUCUCGAAGUCUGUGUCAAAGCCUCCCUUACUGUCUCCAACAGGCUCGGCGACUGCCCUUUUUGCCAAAGAGUAUUGUUGACUAUGGAGGAAAAGCAUCUCCCUUAUGAUAUGAAGUUGGUAGAUUUGGCUAACAAGCCAGAAUGGUUCUUGAAAUUAAGCCCAGAAGGUAAAGUUCCUGUUAUAAAGCUUGAGGAUAAGUGGGUUCCAGACUCGGAUGUUAUUGCACAAUCACUAGAGGAAAAGUUCCCUGAUCCACCAUUGGGAACCCCGCCUGAGAAGGCCUCAGUUGGCUCAAAGAUCUUCUCCACAUUUAUUGGUUUUCUUAAAAGCAAAGAUGCAAGUGAUGGGACAGAACAGGCAUUACUCAAUGAGCUAAGUGCAUUGAAUGAUUAUAUCAAAACUAAUGGCCCCUUUAUCAAUGGAGAAAAGGUUUCUGCAUCUGAUUUGUCACUUGGACCAAAGCUGUAUCAUCUAGAGAUUGCUUUGGGGCAUUAUAAGCAAUGGUCGGUUCCUGAGUCACUUCCUCAUGUCAAAUCUUACAUGAAGGCAAUUUUCACAUUGGAUUCAUUUGUUAAAACGCGAGCUCUCCCGGAGGAUGUCAUUGCUGGUUGGCGUCCAAAAGUCAUGGGUUAAAGUUUCUCUACUGCCACUCUACUUUAGGAAAUCUACUGGUAUCUACCAUCUCUAUCUGAUUUACCUUUCUGACAUGUAUUUAGCUGAAGCGCCACCCCUUUUGUCUGGCAGCAUUUAGCCCCAUUAUGUCCGUAUGAAAGAAUAAAAUGAAUGAGAAAGAAAUUCUCGACAAAUUUAUGUAUCAUGUGUAUGUCGAUUAAUGGUGUAUAGUAACCUGCAAAACUUUUGCA